UGUUGUGUUGCGCUAUAUAUUGUGGACGGUCGACUAGAAAGUUCUUUUACAGUUCGUCGUUGACUCUAGUCGGUUCGCAAAGAUCUAAGUAUUUUAUUUUGAAAGUUGACUUGAAAUGGACAUUGUUGAAGGAAAAUUAAUUUUUAGUUCGGCGAACGAGAAUCAAACGGUACCAACCACUACGGAGAGUUUCUCCCUGGCGGACAGUAUGGGCAGACACGGUGAGCCUCAGGCGACGUUCUCGCCGCUCGCCACACCCUUUCAGACCCGCGUUGGCAACGACCUGCUGACCAUGGGACAGGAGCCCCGGGCUGCCGAUACAGCCCCAGCGACGUCGGAGAUCGAAGAUGUGCUGAUGAACCUGCGACUCAACAACGACAUGCUGUUCAACGACGACCACAACAACCAUAACUACUUCAUGGGCAACAGCCGCGAGCCCAGCACUCCCACCAGCAACAUCUGGAGCGAGGGCGGCAGCCGCAACGGCGAGAUGAUCGACACCUUCGACUUCCUCAUCAAGAGUCUGUCGUCGGCCAACAACUACGUGUCGAUGCUGACUCGGGAGCAGCUGUCGGUGCUGCGCGCGAUCCGGCCGGGCCUGCUGUACGAGUUCCUACAGGAGGUGGCCAAGGUCCGCAGCGACCGCCGCAUGCGCCGCGCGCUGCCCAAUGAGUGCGCAUUCUGCAAGAACAAUGGCGAGAAUGAGGAGAGCUACUCGUCGCACGCGCUGAAGGACUGGCGCGGGCGCGUGCUGUGCCCCGUGCUGCGCGCGUUCCGGUGCCCGCGGUGCGGCGCCACCGGCGACCGCGCGCACACCAUCAAGUACUGUCCCGACAACGGCGAGCCUGCAGGUAUGGAGCGCACCGGCAGCCUGCUGUCCCGUCGUCGUCCGUCAGCCUCGCUGCCGAUCGGCACGAGCCGCGUCUGCAGCGCCCCCGCCACCCCCGCGCCCUCACCCGCCCCCAACAACUUCACCUCCGUCUGGUCUGCCUUCGGAAUGAAUUAAAACCGGUAUCGAGCGACGCAAACUAGUUUUAUCCGGUUUAGAGCAACUCAAACUUGUUUUAUCCGGUAAAGAGCAGCGAUAACUAGAUUUAUCCGGUUACAACCAAGUCAAACUAGUAUUUUCGCCGUCGGAUUGAACUAGACGCAACCGGUGUAAAGCAGCACAAACUAGUUCUAUCCGGUUAGAAGCAACACGGACCAUCAUCCAGGUGGAACCAGAUAAAACUAGCUUGCUUUCUAUAGAAAAUUGUGAUACCUUCACUUCAAAAAAAAAAUAUAUACUUAGAUAUCCAAAUUAUAUUUUCAUUUGGAUGCUUUUGAGUUAACCAUAAUAAAGGGAAUGAGCUUCAUACUAUUUACUUUGUUCAUUUAACUAUACUUGUGUAGAAUAAUGAACAUAACACCAUCUGUUGAUAACUGUACAUUCUGGUAUAAGUAUGCCUGUCAUACUAGACCUGAAUUAAUACAACUUUCAACGCCAUAGCUCUU